UAUGCGGAACGCGUAGUAGCUAGCGUGGUGAGGCGAGAGCCACCUGUACAGUUCGCUUUUGUAACCUUCAGUUGUUAACUUGCUGUGAAAGUGAGCAGAUGGCUACGUUAGCCUCGAUGCUGUGCGUUUAAGAAAGGCGUGCUUUGAGGAACACCACAGUGAAUCUAGAUUUAGAACACAACAAUACUUGCAGACAAUCAUUAAUAUUGCAAUACACAUUGUUGACGGGGAGUUAAUGUUUCCGUAUGUUUAUAACAUGACAAAAACUUGAGAAACAUGAUAGAUAUGUCAUCAGAUAUUCGGUAACGAUAUUAUAAGGCGGAGAGAAACAGAAUUCAAAAUAUAAAAGUUUUAACGUGUGUUGUGCAAGUGAAUACGUAAAGAUUUUUGAAAAAAAGUUUUGUAAAGACGAUUUGUGAACAUACUAACAUAUCUGUUACGCAAUAAUUCACACAUAUAUAAUGGAGAAUGCAGGGAGAAAAUACGCGGAACUCCUACAUCUAAAACGGAUACUAACUUUUGUUCUCGUCACAGCACUGAUUCAGGUACAAUGCCACGCCUUGGUGGACCAGGACUUUACGCCUACAGUUACGGCAACCUGCAAGGCUGGAUACAUGACUAUAAAUGUAAAAACGAACCAGUCAUUUUACGGUGCAGUGCAAUCUCGCGACUACCGGUCUCCGAGUUGCAUGACAUACGGAAACGGAAGUCACAUGACGACACUGGGUAUCAAUUUACUAGCUAAUAAUGGAGCUCCAGAUUACUGCGGAGUUCUUGUCAACAACAAAACUGAAGAAAGAUCUUUACCUAUCGCAGUUAGGGUCCAUAAGACCCUAGAGUUGGCAGACGAUAAAUUUUACGUCAUCACAUGCGGAAAAGCCGGCUUCAAGAACGCGCGAAACGAGACUUCGCUUGUUUCCCUAAAAUUGCUGGAAAAGGGGAAAAGAAUUCACGAAGCUGUCUACAGCCAUCCUUAUACGCUACGAGCUGACAUAUCGAGACCGGACGGUACCUACGGUAUUCGAGUAAAGUCUUGUUUCGCAUUCAGUAAAAGAAACAGUACUGUAUCUCUCAUAGACGACAGAGGAUGCCCUGUGAACCCGAGGGUCAUUUCCCAGUUCAAAUACGACGAAAAAGUUGGAGCUGCAGACGCAACAUUGUACUCCAUGUUCCGAUUUCCAGAAUCCAGCGAGGUUCAUUUCCAGUGUGACAUCGCAGUCUGCAAAGGGGUCUGCCCGGACGUGCAGUGUGAGACAGACUUGGAGCCCCUUCCAGCUGCUCAAGCCAGAGCUCAAGACAAAGACAUAUAUAGUACCGAAACGUCGUCCAAUGACGAGGGCGUUCUUAUGGCCAGUACGAGCGUCUUCGUAUUGGAUCCCGGCGACAGCCCUACUGUUCAGGAGCUGUGUGAAGGCGGCGUGAACCCACCUUGGCUACUGUACCUGUGCAUAGCGUUUGGAAUAAUGUUCCUUAUUAUGCUAAUCAUCAACAUUUUCCUUUGCUCUGCAAUGACGUGUUCUUGUGCUAGAACUGAAGUCAUAGAGAAAGAACCCAGUAUAAUUGAAGAUUACGAUCCGUACAGGAGCUGGCAUGGCUCUCAGUAUGGUUCCAGGUACUCCCUAAAUGGGAAGCCCGGGUACACAUCUGGUGGGUCUACGAUGAACUCUACAAGAUCCAUCUCAACCAACAGCGACCACUAUGCCAUCGUGCACUCCCGACCAGGUAGCCGCUACUCAGCCCCGGGGUCUCACAAGGCGGCCACACUAUCACAUCCACACCAUCACAAUCGCGGUCCACCGUCAAACAUCGGGUCACACUAUUCCGGAAAACUGUGAUCAAAAUAAUAACGUGUAUUUUUUUUAAUGUAUCUCACGCGUCGUAUGGUCAAACAGAGUACAAACCAGUGGAUAAAUUCAAAACAAUUAAGUGUAAGCUUGUCUACGUAAAUAUCUAGCUAUUACAUUAUUUGUGACGUUUAGAAAGUUUUCAGGUUUGCCAUAAAAUAAAAUAUAAACGUGAUUAUCGUGUGAUCAAACUUCGUAUUUCUGUAAAUCGGUAGGUAAAUGCCGUGCCAUAUCUCAGGCGGUCUCAGUCCACUGGAACAAUAACAAAAGACUUUGUUUGACCUCAGAAGUUCAGGACACAAAGAACACGCGUAAAAAUAUAUCUUGGUUAUAAAGUGAUAAAUAUGCCAGUAUGUAAUAUAUGGCAAUUUUCUUUUAAGUUCGUUUAACUACUGAAGAAAUAUAGAACUUUCCUAGAAAAAUCGUA